AUGCCUAUUUUCAAGUUGUCUACCAAUUUGCCGGCUAGUAAACUUCCGGCCGGGUUUGCCGAUAAAACAGCCGAAAUGUUGGCCAAUUCAUUUGGCAAACCAAAGGCAUACGUUGCCGUUCAAGUGGUCACCGAUCAGAUUAUUAGUUGGGGCGGUACUGACUCGGGUCCGUGCGGUUUGGCUACUGUCGAAAGUACCGACGGGUUGGGUAGCGACCAGAAUAAGAAGCACUCGAAGGCCAUCGCCGAUCACUUGCAGAAAGAGUUGGGAAUCGGUUCCGAUAAAUGCUAUAUUAUUUUCGUUGAUAUCGAUAAAGUCAAUCUCGGAUAUAUGGGUACCACUUGUGAACAGUGGUAACAAACAAAAACAACAACAAAACAAAUUGAUUGAUUGAUUGAUCUGAUUUGAUUAACA